UUAAUGCUAAAUAAUUGAUAAUUUAUCAGUAGCAUCAAUGAUAACAGACUUUAUUUACUUCAAACACCAGUGUAUUGAACGUGUUGCGAGUGCUAACGAAUAUGGAUUUCAAAAUUAUUCUGUUUUUACUUUGUGUCUUGGUUGGGAAAAGUGUUGCUAGACUACGAUGCUAUGCGUGCAGUUUCUCAUCCGUGGAUUCGGAUCAGUCGUGUAUGACUAUAACUAACUCUACAAAUACGGUGUCUUGUCCGCACGAGUUUUGCACCAUUAUGAGGCAAGAAUUUAUUGAUCCUGCUGGAGUAGUAGCUAGUUUUACUCGAGGAUGUGAACAAAAACCGGACUUUUUAAACCACGAGAUAGUAGAUCCUACGUUUAGAACAUUUUAUCGUGCGUGCACAAGCGAUUUAUGCAACAUUGGUAAUGGUAUUCAAGCUAUUACCGGAGGCAAUUUGUCCCCUAGCCCUCAAUACUUAGGACCUAAUUUACUUGUGCCCGGAACUGGAACUCCCGGAAAUGGUGCGAUCGCUAUCACAAGUUCUUCUAUGAUGAUAUGUUUUAUUACUUUGGUGAUGUUUAUUAAUUAAAUGAUUUUAAUAUUUA